AGGUGAUGAGCGAGUACGAACGGAUACGAAAAGCUUGCUUGAAACGUGGAGAACUAUGGGAAGAUCCAGAUUUUCCAGCAACGCAAACCUCCGUAUUCUAUCAUCAAACUCCACCAUUUCAAUUCACCUGGAAGCGACCAAAGGACUUAUGCCCGAGACCCGGAUUCGUUCAAGAUGGACCGGCGCAGUUCGAUGUUAGUCCAGGCAAAAUGGGCGACCGAUGGCUGGUCUCGUGCCUGGGAGUGCUCUACCUAAACAAAGGGCUGUUCUACCGCGUGGUACCCGCUGACCAGUCAUUCUCCGAUGACCAGUAUGCAGGGGUCUUCCGGUUCCGGUUAUGGUGGUGCGGAGAGUGGACGGAAGUACUCGUGGAUGACCGGCUGCCGGCCGUCCAUGGAAGGCUGGCUUUCUUACAACCUCAUCGUGGUGACCACUUCUGGCCCGGCCUGUUGGAGAAGGCUUACGCUAAGCUACAUGGAUCUUAUGAAGCCCUGAAGUAUGGCUCGAUGUUGGACGGCUUGGCGGAUUUGACUGGAGGCAUAACUGAAAGCAUCGCCAUACGGGCAGACGGACCGGCAUGUGGAAGGUUGCUACAUAAAUUGCUGGACAUGACCUCGAUCCUCACUUGCGUGGUACAGCCGCCUAACCAAGUUAGGGCUCAUGCGGAAAAGUUAGUCAAUGGAAUACAAAUAGGAAUAAAUUAUAGGUUAUGUUCAAUGGAAAGGAUAGAAACUUUCACUGGUGAAGAAAUACAAUUAGUAAGACUCAAGAAUCCGUCAGAAAAUUCCUCAGAAUACAUUGGACCUUGGUGUUUAGAUUCGCCGGAAUGGUCGGAAGUGCCACCUUUAGAAAUGGAGAGGAUACAAAAGAAAUUGCAAGAAGGAGAAAUUUGGAUGCCAUUUGCGGAGUUCGUGAAAACUUUCACACACUUAGAGGUAGUCCAUCUAGAUAGUGAUACUAGUCGAGACGAGCCGAGUCUCCGGAAUAAGAACACCUGGCAGAUGCGGCUGUACCAAGGUAACUGGCAGAAAGGCGUAUCUGCUGGAGGAUGUCGGAACAAUCCAGAAACAUUCCAUAUCAACCCGCAACUGCACUUGCUGCUCAGUGAGAUGGAAGAAGUCGUAGUGUCGUUGAACCAACAUAGCAUUAUGGAACCAAAGGUUAUUGGAUUCACAGCUUACUCUUUGCCCAAAGGAAGCGGGGAGAGCAUAGGAAAGUCGUUCUUCAAAAAGAAUAAGUCUCUGUUCAAUUCGCAAUACACAAAUAGCCGGCAAGUUAGUUACAGAUGCCAGUUGGAGCAAGGCGGCUACCUGAUAAUGCCAACGACCUUCGAGCCUGGACAAGAAUCGGGCUUCACCCUCCGUGUGUAUUCCAGUAAACCGCUGAAACUGAAGCUGCUGGACACCAUCCCGCUUCUUCUGAAAUCGGCCAUAGUGAAAGCACCUCCAUUACUCGACGGGAAGAGUUUUAGUCAGUACGAAGCUGUGUUCUUGCAGCUGGCCGACGAACAUAGGGCUGUGAACGCGUUUGAGUUGCAAGAGUUAUUGGAUGCUUGUUUACCCAACGACUACAUCAAGAGCUGUGCAUCGAUUGAAGUUUGUCGGCAGAUCGUGCUUACCUUUGAGAGUUCAAACACAGGCCGCCUCAAGUUCAACGACUUCAAGGACCUAAUGUGCAGUCUGAAGUCUUGGCAGACGGCUUUCAAAAACCACACCAAGGAGAAGACAGGCAUUUUGAAGGCUGAAAGAUUGCGCGACGCGCUGCUCGAAGUCGGAUUCCAGUUGAGUAGCGACGUCUUGGCUACACUCAUCCUAAGGUACAUGAGGAAGGAUGGCACGCUUAGGUUCGGCGAUUUCGUGUCUGCUAUACUGCAUCUGACUGUCUCGUUUAAUAUAUUUGAAGCGAAGGAUCCUCUUCAAAAUGGAAGUAUCAAAAUGAACUUAGCUGAAUGGCUGAAGUCAUCCCUAACCUGCUGAUACAUGUUUAUUAUUUAAGCGAAAACUCUUUGUAAAUACUCAUUCUCAAAUUGUAUUUGUUAAAAUGUAACAUACAUUAUAAAACAUAAAAGUUAUCAAUACUUAA